UUCCACAAAUCUUGCACGAGUUUGCGAACGAAGCAUCCUUCUGCUGACAGUGGAGUGUAUUCCAUAAAACCUCAAGGACUCAACCUCACGGUUCAAGUGUUUUGUAACAUGACUUUAAAGAAUGGUGUUGGUUUGACAGAGAUUGGACAUGACAGUGAAUCAAAAACAGUUGUAGAUGGAUAUGAAGAGGCAGGGUCUUACAAGAGAAAGAUUAAAUAUAACAUUUCCAUGGAGCAGAUUGUCGCGAUUAUCAACCAGUCGAAGAAUUGUGAGCAAUUUAUAAAAUAUGAAUGUCUUCAUAGCAGAUUAUUGAUAGAUUCCUAUGGUUGGUGGGUAUCACGUCAAGGCUCAAAGAUGAAUUACUGGGGUGGAGCGGCAGUCGACAGUGGAAAAUGUGUCUGUGGAAUGACCAACAGCUGUGCAGGUGAAAAAAAAUGUAAUUGUGACGAGAAUGACCCAACAUGGCGUGAAGACAGUGGAUACCUGACAGACAAGAGCACGCUGCCUGUUACUGAGUUGAGAUUCGGCGAUACUGGUAUAUAUUACGGCAAAAAUGAGCGUGGUUAUCAUACACUGGGUAAAUUACGUUGCUGGGGAUAA